AUGGCUUGUGUAGCUGUAGCUUCUCUUCUCAGAACAAUAGAGCUUGAGUUCUUGCAAUAUAAGCCUCGUCCACUUGUACUGCGCAAUCAUCUCAUCUCUUUCAACAAACACUUGAUCCAAUCUUUCCACCAAAACCUUGGAUUUCUCAUAACCCAAUUCGAUGACAAAAGAAUCAAUAUGGAUGGUGUUGAAGCAGUUAAACACUUGGAAAUGAAGCUGAGGGAUUUAGCGAUCAGAGUGGAAGAUGAAAUCGAAAUCCUAGUAGCACAGCUUUAUGAUGAAGAGGUCGAUGAUGAAUAUUUAGUUGGAAUAGCAGAUCUCUUUGUGGAAGAGAAAGAUGAACUCGGAGUAGAAGAUCUGUACGUGGAAAAACAACAGAGGGACACAGAUGAGGAGAAGACUAAGCCUUGUGUGAAACUUGGUCAAGUUUUUCAAAGUGCAAUGGAACAAAUUGAAGCCAUCAAGGAAGAGUUGCUGAAAUUCAAGGCAGAAGGAAGAAAGACAGCCCAUGAUGUUCUACAAAGGUCUCAACUUCUUUCCUCCCACCAUGCUUCACACUCCAAGGAACAAAUGGUCGGGAAAAAACACGAGUUUGAGAUAAUCAAGAAGCUGCUAACUGAACUUAUUGGAUCUAAAGAAAAAAAAGUUGUAUCAAUUAUAGGUAUGGGAGGAAUCGGUAAGACAACUUUGGCCAGACAAGUUUAUGAAGAUCCAUCAGUUUCUAUCCACUUUGACGUUCGAGCCUGGGUUGUCGCAUCACAGCUUCACAAUAAGAGGCAAAUGCUUGUAGGUCUUCUUAAUUCAAUUUCCAAACAAGACAUCCUAGAAAACUCCACUGAUGAGGAUCUUGCUUUAAAACUCUACCAAUUUUUAAAGCAUCAAAGGUACAUGGUUGUGAUUGAUGAUGUGUGGAGUCGUGAGGCAUGGGACGAUGUUCACAAUUGCUUUCCUGAUGAUGGAAAUUGGAGCCGAGUAUUGUUAACUACUCGCCUCGCAGAGGUGGCAAAUUAUACUAGCUUCGACAAUGACUUUUCUCAUCAUAUGCAAUUAUUGGAUCAAGUUGAUAGUUGGAAUUUUUUCUGUGAAAAGGCAGGUAAAUCUCGUGGUGCUGAAUUUGAGAUAAUCUGGAGGCCAAUUGUUGAAAAAUGCAAAGGAUUGCCUCUAGCAAUAAUUGUGGUUGCCGGACUGUUCUCCAAACUCAACACACUAAAUGAGUGGGAGAAUAUUGCAAAAGCUCUAGAUUCUUCUACAACAACUAUAGCGGCAACAUGUUUAAAAAUACUAUCACUGAGCUACAAUCACUUGCCUCACCACUUAAAGGCAUGCUUUUUAUAUUUAGGGGUUUUUCCAGAAGAUCAUAAGAUAAAGGCUAAUGAGCUUUCAAGAUUAUGGUCUGCGGAAGGACUUGUAAAGGCAUCCGAGAAUGAAAACUUUGAUGUAGUGGCUGAAAGGACGUAUACAAAUAAUAUUGCGGAUCUCGUCCAUUUAAGAUAUAUAUCACCAGUGUUUAGUGAUGAAUACAUUAUGGAACUGUUCAAGGCUUGGAAUCUUCAAACUAGUCUUUCUUGGUUGCACCCUGAACAUUGCACAAAAGAAUUCUUUACACAUGUUCCAAAUGUAAAGAAGAUACGGAUUGAGGGUGGAAAAGGAAAGUGCAAUGAUUGCAUCGAGAACCUUGUCAGUUUACAGCAGCUGGAGAGACUGAAUAUUAAUGCUAAUGAAUGGGAUUAUACGAGUCCAAACAUCCAGAUUAACAACCAUAUUGUUCCCUUGAAAAGCCUUAAGAGGUUAAAAUUUGAAGGUAAUCAUUUUGAGUGGAAUGGAAUUAAUAUUCUUUGCAAGUUGCCUAGGUUAGAAGUGCUCAAGUUAAGGAAAGUGGCAAAGAAUGGGAGCUACCAGAGGAUGACAAAUUCUGCCCAGUUAAUUUAUUUGGAAAUUUUUUCAACUCAUCUCAAAGAUUGGAAAGCCACUGGUGAUCAUUUCCCCGACCCUCCAACACCUCUCCCUUGA